AUUGCGCAAAAUUACUAUACUACGUGAAGACAGUGAAGCUGUUCUUCUCUAUAUGUAGUCAAAGCAUAACAUCCUGUUUCGUGUACGGUCGUACCGGCUUUUCGUUUUUUAGGUUAGUUUUACUUUUUAAAGCAUUGUAAGAAAAUAGUUUUAUUCGUAGUAGGUAGUUCAUUAAAUAGUAAGAGUGUAAGCUAUGUUUCAUCCCUGAAAUGAGACUUAGUCCUGUGGACUUGCCGUUGUAAAAUUCAUGAAAAUAUAUGAAGAUUUUCUAUGCAAUUCAUCUCCAGAAGGACUGAAGUUUGAACACAGUCAAUGCACGUGACAUUAUAGGAUAGUUAUAAAAGUAAUGCAGAUUUUUUUAAAUGGAGAACCAGGAGACUUUUAGGACGUUAUUACGAAAUAAUAUUCAAGUAAUUAUUUCUACACUUGCAGGGAUCGUUGGCGCUGUUGCCAAUGGUAUGCAUCUGGGGCUUUCACCUGUUACAGUUAUUCCACUUUGCAACACAUCGAUACAUAAUAUCAGCAGCAACACGCACACUUUUUGUGAUAAUGAUAGUCGAAAUUUAUAUAGGACGUUCUAUUUGUUAGGAUCUUGCAUCGGUGUACUACUUUGUGUUGUAAGCUACAAAUUAAGCACUAAAAAACUAAUGUUUAUAUCUGGAAUAUUGUUAGUCAUUUCUUGGAUACCCAUAGCUGUACAAAGUGCAAUAAUUACAACACAUGCUGCUCGUAUACUAGCAGGGACAUGUCUGUCAAUAACAUUAAUAUCAAGUCCUAAGUAUAUUCACGAUAUUGAACCACAAAAUUUAAGAAACAGCGGUAGAUUUAUAUAUUAUGGAAUAUUAUUUGGAGUUUUAUUGGCAUAUAUGCUUAGUUCUUUCAUAUCAGUAGCUGCAUUUGCCAUAUUAGGAGCAGCUCUUGCGCUUAUUCAAAUGGUAGCAUCUCUAUUUACGAUAGAAUCACCAUAUUUUCUUGUUUGGAAUAACAAAAAAUUUGAGGCUAAAAUAGCUUUAGAAAAAUUACGAAAUACAAAAUUUGUUGAAAGUGAACACGAUAUUAUAAUUAAUUCUGUGUUAAAAUCUAAGAUUAAUAACAAAAGACAAAAUAUUUUUUCACUUACAUCAAAUAAAAUGUCAUGCCUCUCCAUUUCAUUAUCUAUGAUUGCACAACAAUUCAGCGGAAUUACAGUUUUUAUAAUGUUUUUAGAAGACAUUCUUGAAAUUUGUGAUGUAAAAGAUUCAUACAAUACAGCAAUUUGCACUAUAUUCAUCAUUAUAAUUAUGAUUAUAUGUUUUUUAAAUAAAAAUAACGCCAGAAGUUUUUUCUUGCAUAACUGGAUUAGUCACAUUGCGUGCAGUCUCUCCAUAGUAAUUCUAGCUUCGUAUAUUACCUUAAAAUCUUAUCAGAUAAACUUUAAUAAUAUGUCAUGGAUUCCAACGUUGUCCAUCCUAGUGUACGCUACUACUCUAGGAUUUGAUAAAGGAUAUUUUCCUUUUGAAGUUGUACAUACUUAUUACCCAUAUUUAAUUAAUAACGCUGGAAAUAUUUUGGCCAAUUUUAUACAAACUUUUACAGCAUGGGUUUUAGUAGAAAUCGUUCAAAGACUAACGCCUGGUCCCAAAAUUUAUAUUAUGUUAUAUGUCAUUGCCAUUUUAAAUUCAUUGAGUACAAUAUUAAUAAAAGUUUGUACACCGGUACUAAGAGAACAUGAAAAACAAUUCAGUCAAGGUUAUCGGAAUCACAAUGAAGAAUUUAUCAGUCCAGACGACGUAGAACUUAAAAGUCAAUUAGUCCAUCUGUCAACAAACGAUACAGCAAAUGAAAUAAAAGAUCCUAAAGCGAAGACUGUGACACCAAAAGAGAAUAUAUUUAAGGGAACGUUUCCCCAACUUGUAGCAGUUUUAGCAGGUAUUAGGAACUUUAACUGCCGUCAGCGAUGGAAUGCAAUAUGGAUGGACAGCACCUGUACUACCAAUUCUUCAAGGACCUAAUUCUCCAGUCAAAGUUACAAACACACAGGCAGAAUGGCUAGAAAACUUCCUAAUGCUUGGAUCUUUUUCUGGACUUUGGAUAACCAUAUAUUUAGUUGAUAAAAUUGGUAGAAAAAAAUCCAUUCUUUUAGCUUCAUUUGUGUCCAUAAUUAUUUGGAUAGUAACGGCUGUAGCUCCUAAAGUAGAAUACAUAUUUGUUGCUAGAGCAUUUGCAGGAUCAGCAGGAAAUAUGGCUUUUGUAGCUACGCCGAUGUAUAUUGCUGAAAUAGCCGAACAAAAAAUAAGGGGUUUUAAACGAAGGGGACUUAAACGAAGCCCUUCAGUCUCUAAAAAGGUUAAGAAAAAAAGGUCAUGAUAUAGAAAAAGAAUUAGAAAGUAUUAAGGUAGCAGUAGAUCGACAAAAAUCAGAACGAGGUAGAAUCUUUGAUCUCUUUAUAGUUCCUAGCAACCGUCGAGCUAUAUUUAUCAUGGGCUUAUUAAAUGCAGCUCAACAUUUUAGUAGUAUUAGCGUUUUACUUAUGAACAUUCAUGUUAUUCUUGACGCAGCUGGAUCUAUUUAUAUACAGCCACGAAUGGCUGCGAUUUUAUUUUCAGCUAUAAUGGUGAUGGCAGCGUCAGUUGCUUGCCUCACUAUAGACAAAUAUGGUCGAAAAACUUUACUUAUUACCUCUAGUUUGUUAACUGGGCUGUGUUUACUCGUUUUAGCAAUUUACUUUAGUUUAAAAAAUGGUGGAUCAGACACUUCCAGGUAUAGUUGGAUUCCAAUUGUGUGCGUUAUGCUCUAUGCUUUAACUUUUAAAUUAGGUCUGGGUAUGGUACCCAUAGUGCUCACAGCCGAACUAUUUCCCACUAAAAUGAAAGCUUUCGGUAUGACAAUUGCAGAUGGAUUUUAUGUUAUAGUUUCAUUACUAUCUUUACAAGUAUAUCAAAGAUUAACUCAAAAUUUUGGGUUACAAUAUCCCUUCUACGUUUUUUCGUUUAGCUGCUUCAUCGCCGCUGGGUUUACUUAUAUAUUUAUACCUGAAACAAAGGGUAAAACUUUGGAAGAGAUACAAAUGAUUUUAAAAGGAACUCACGUAGAAAAUAAAAAAGACGAUGGCGAAAACUAAAAGACUAAAGUUUUGAAACUUGCUAAAUAAAAAUCAAACCUUCAUCUAUUUAUAAUCUAUAAAUUAUCUUUAAAGCUCAAGCUUUAAUACAGAAAUGUUACUUUCAUAAUAUGCUACAAAUUCGAGUUGUAUGUCAUAUAAGUUAAACAUGGUAACUUUAAAUUUUCAUAUUACUAUAGUUUAUUGUCAUAUCACAUAUUUAAAAAAAAAUGUAAUAAUUAUAUUAUACUUGAACUUGAAAUAAAGAAGCUACAAUAUAGAAGACUCAUUUUCCAAAUUUAUUCUGGUCUCCCAAAUUUAAUACAUAAUUUACAGAAGUCGAAGAGUUAAAAUAAACGCAGUUUUUGUAUAAAUGAAGACUGUUUUCUCAAAAAACUUGUGCGAUCAUUUUCAUUAGAAAAUAGGACAAAUUUUGUUGCCAAAUAACAUUUAUUUAUAAAAAUAUUAUAAAUAAAUGUAUUAUAAACGUCUGACAAAGACAAUUAACAGGCUGUUUUAAAUUUAGAUGUUCCUUCUAAAAUAGAAAUAAAAAUGUAUUAAAGCAAAAGAAAAAUUUAGUAAAACAAUUUCUAAAUAGUUAAUAAGUUAAAAAUAUACUCCUCUUUUUCCUCCCUUUAAGAAAACAUGCUUGUUCAUUGAUAGAUUUCAAUGAAGAAUUCAUUGAAUUCAUUCAAAAGAUUCCAUUUUGUAAUAAAAUAGACAUAUGUCACAUUAUGAUCAUCCAGCAAUCAUUCCACUAAUUUCAAAAAUAUAUCCCUUUGUACAAUAAUCGCUAGCUAGGACGAACCAAUAAUGUACGUUUUUAGUAUUACUGAAUGUUUCAUGCAGUUAAAAUAGCAUUUAACAAAAUGUCGUGUCGAGAUCGGUGUGUACACAUUCAGGUUGGAGUGGACCGAUAUGAGAACGAUAUGAGAAUUUGGUAUGGUUCUUCUUAGCAUGCGGGAUUCGGUAUAAUACUUUGUAAAAUUAUAUAUUUUUUACUUUUAUUAAUUCAAAUAUAUACCGAAAGUUCCAUUUUGUACAAUGUGAGUAGUAAUAUUAAUUAAGUAGUAACCAACUUCUAUGAAGUGUAUUAUAAAUAUAAUCAUUUUAAAAACUUGUAAAAAAUUUAAUAUCCUAGUACCUUAAUAGAUGUAUAGUAUCCGACAAUUUAUAUUUACACACAUUGGUGGAAAUAUGUAAACUUUGUUUACAUAUUUCAUGUUUAUUAUAUAAGCAGUCGAAUAUGCCUAAAAUACUCAUAAAAGCAAAGUAGUAAUGCAUUUAUUGACAAAGAACUUAAUUUUCUCAGGUGAUAAUCGUAUUCAUUGUGUGGCGGCGCGACGCUUGUAGCAUAUAAUUAUCAGAUAAGGUUGUGCUACGUCUUCGUCCAGCUAUUCUAAUGCUUCCUAAAGACCUACACUUUUUAAACUUCUUUUCUUUCUUUUUUAACCAUAUAAUAGUAGUAAAAAUAAUAAUCUAGGAAUGAGAAAAACCAAAUGUAUAUUAUUAUAUUAUUAUAUUGCUAAAAUUAAAUAAAUUAAAAAUAGAAUAUAUC